GAGACUCCUCGCCUCUAUGGUGCCUUACUCGUUGGUCAGAUCCGUUCUCAAAACCUGCACACUGUCUCUGAUUUAUGCUUGCUACACCUUCGACUUCUGUGCGCGCCAAAGCUCGAGUACGUCAUUAUCUGCAUGCUCCCUUCUAUUUUUACCGCACUUCCAAAGCCCACUAAGAAAGCCUUAAUCCGGUACCCUAGAUCCGCUCUUAACCAGAGCGAUGUGAAUGUUGAGGCGCUGUUGCUGCACAUAGCGAAUUACUGGCCAGUCUUCAUGGGCUAUGGUCUGCCUCUGGGCACCUUGGUGACUCUUAGCGGCAAUUGGUACUUUACUGGCGAUCUCCUUGUAUCCUUUCUCUACCCCAUUCUUGUAAUCGGAGCUUUUCAAAUCUCCUGGUCGAAGAUUCUGAACCCCAGGCAUCGAGUCUCCCCGUGCCUUCGUGAUCUGGCUGUGAUCUCAAUGAAACCUGCUCUCUUUAUCACAAACACCAUUGUUUCUAUUACCGCCUCUAUUGGCUUGGGUUUUAUGUUUCCCUGA